GUUCCAUUUGUUAUUUAUCACAUAUGGCGUUGAAAUUUGAAAUCAACUGAUCCGAGUUUGUUAUGUGAUUUCUGAAAAAGGUCAAAUUGCUUGUCAAAAAUCAGAAUUGUUUGUAUGUAUAUUUAAAAUUUGUCAAAAUUAGAGACAUUCAAUUUGAAUAGACCGUUUGGCCCUUCUGGUAUGAACGUGUUGAAAGGUAAGGCCCAGUUGGCUGGGAAGCCGGCUUCCCAGUUCCCAUGGAGGGCACCUCCGCCCAACAUAUACUGCAUCAAAAACCUCCUUGGCUUCAUUAACCACGACAUCACGAAAAAGCUCGCCCCGGCUUACAGCCUCGUAAGGUACGUCUAUCCUCCCAAGCCGAAGGUGAAGGUCUCGACCGCCCCUUUCAUCAAAGCGAUGAGGCGGAAGCAGAGGAAGAAGACGAACACGCUGAUACACAGGUCGUCCAGGAGGAGGAAGAAGAAGAAGAAGAAGAAGCAGAAGCAGAGUCAAGGGAGAGCGAGAUUCAAGAGGAGAGAAGACAUGAGCAACAAAGAAUUGGCGGAAAACGUUGAGGAAGAAGAGCCACCCAGUUUGGAGGUGUUCGACACCGUACCGGCCUUCAAGCCUCCUCCGCUCAAGUAUAAACUGACCAGGAGGACAUCUAGCGUUUCGGACCUGUUCAUGAUGACGACGGGCAACGUCAAGUGUAAAUCCUGCAAUGUCUGGACCACGGAGGAAGACCCCGACGACCCAUGGAACGACCCAAAGUAUAAAAACGAUGAGAUUCACGGUAUACAGUACGUAGGUGUUGCGAUAAAAGACGAAAAACACAAGACGUCGAAGACGAAGAAGAGGAAGUCAGUCAGCUCCAAGAAGAAGGACUGAGGUUGAUACACACGGCACCGGAGAAGUUACCACCACCAAGAAGUCAAUUGUAAAACCGUACGGUUCUCCAGUCGGCUUAUCCUCCCUGCAAGGUUGAGAUUAAAAUUCUAAUUCAAAGAGGUUUA